CUUGACUGUUUUCCUAUAAGUGUGUAUGGGGGUCUUUCGGCUGCUUGAAAGUUCUGCUCUUGUUUACUUUGGGAGAGUUCCUGAUCAUCGCUUCCGGAAGAACAUCCAAGAAGGACGCGGUUUCGUCUACUCAAGAGUCGCGAAAUUCGAUGUCUGCAAUCCGCCGACCCACCAUCAUAUUGACCGGCGGUUCCCGCGGGAUUGGUCUCUCGUGUCUUGAAUUCUUGCUCAAAUCACCGAUCCGCGCGAAUGUGGUAUCGCUCUCCAGGUCAUUUCCUCAAAGAUUGCAGGAGUUGAAGAAUUUACAUCAUGAUAACUUGUUGGUCGUGAAAGGAGAUGUGAAAAAUGAUGAAGACAACAAAUUGGCGGUCGAAUCAGCCAUCAAAACGUUUGGUUCGAUUGAUGGCUUGAUCUUGAACUCAGGCAUCAUUCAUUUUGAGCGGAUUGACAGCAACAAAACACUGGACGCAUGGCGGGAGGUUUUCGAGGUCAACUUUUUCGCCUUGAUUUCAAUGCUCAAACAUUCCUUGGUCCAUCUCCGGGAUUCCAAAGGGAGGGUAGUCUUCAUCAGUUCGACUGCUUCUGUGUUGGGCGUUUCAUCUCUGGGCAGCUACGGUGCAAGCAAGGCGGCGUUGAACUCCUUGUGUCGAACGCUUGCCGCUGAGGAACCUGAAAUCACCUCUGUUUCGCUGCGACCAGGUGUGACAGAUACUGAAAUGCAAGAAGAAUUGAGGUCCAAAGGCAAAGGGUUGAUGACUCCGGAAGUUUACCAAAGCUGUUAUGACUUGUUUGCGUCGUCUCAAAUCGUCCAGCCCGACCAACCGGCAGAAGUGAUCGCCAACCUUGCGGUCAGAGCCGACCAAAACCUGACGGGCCAAUUCUUCGCUUGGGAUGAUGAGGAAUUGAAAAGUUAUCGAAGCUCUUGCUAAUUAUGUUCUUUUCUCUGAAAACACUUUGAACUUCAAGUACAAAUUGACUGUAAUAAACAUCCCGCAAUAGGUUUAUUGAAUAUCGUUUAGAAAAGGCCACCACACCAAGAAACUUCUCAAGUUCCCAGGCUUCGAUG